AUGGCUCAAUACUUGUGGCCCAAAGAUGAUUUUGGCACUCGUUUCAGAGUCAGCUUGUCCAUUGCUCUCCUCGUAGGCGCAAAGGUUCUGAACGUCCAAGUACCCUUCUAUUUCAAGUCAAUUGUAGAUUCCAUGAACAUAGACUUUGCUGCAGUCGGUGGUACCGCUGUCACCGUUGCUGGCGCUACCAUAUUUGCCUACGGUGCUACUAGGAUAGGUGCUGCUGUCUUCCAAGAAGUUCGUAACGCAGUCUUUGCAAGCGUUGCACAAAAAGCCAUUCGCCGCGUUGCGGCUACUGUCUUCGAGCAUCUGCUAAAACUUGACCUGAAUUUCCAUCUAUCUAGACAGACUGGUGGUCUGACGAGAGCCAUUGAUCGAGGUACCAAAGGUAUAAGUUUCCUCCUGACCUCUAUGGUCUUCCACAUCAUCCCCACAGCCCUUGAGAUCUCGUUGGUCUGUGGUAUUCUUACAUGGCAGUAUGGCUUCAAAUUUGCUCUCAUCACAGCUGCUACUAUGGUCGGCUAUUCCGCUUUCACAAUCUUGACCACAUCGUGGAGAACCAAAUUCCGCAAGGCUGCUAACGCCGCUGACAACAAAGGUGCUACGGUCGCAGUGGACUCGUUGAUCAACUACGAGACCGUCAAGUACUUCAACAACGAGCGCUACGAGGUUGGGAGAUAUGACGCCGCGCUCAAGAACUAUCAGGAUGCAUCCAUCAAGGUUGCCACAUCACUGGCUUUCCUCAACAGUGGACAAAACCUGAUCUUUUCUAGCGCUCUAACUGCCAUGAUGUAUUACGGUGCAGAUGGUGUAGCCACUGGUCAACUGACUGUUGGUGAUCUUGUCAUGAUCAAUCAGCUUGUCUUCCAACUUUCGGUACCUCUAAACUUCCUUGGCUCAGUAUAUCGCGAACUCAGACAGAGUUUGCUGGAUAUGGAGACAUUGUUCAACCUUCAGAAGGUCAAUGUGGCUAUUAAGGAGCCCGAGAAUGCUAAGCCUCUGGUGCUUACGGGUGGAGGUAUCAAGUUCGAGAACGUCUCAUUUGGUUAUCGCCCUGACAGACCAAUUCUGCGCAACCUCAAUCUUGAGAUUCCUGCUGGCAAGAAGAUUGCCAUUGUCGGCCCUAGUGGAUGUGGUAAAUCUACCAUUCUUCGUCUGCUCUUCCGCUCCUACGACGUCCAGGGUGGUAGAAUCCUGAUUGACGGACAAGAUAUCCGCGACGUUCAGAUUGAGAGCCUUCGUAAGGCGAUUGGUGUUGUCCCUCAAGACACACCUCUGUUCAACGAUACCAUUGAGCAUAACCUGAAGUACGGUGAUCUCGAAGCCUCUCCUGAGAAGGUUGAAGCUGCUGCCAAACGUGCGAAGGUCCACGAUAUCAUCCAAAAGUUCCCCGACAAGUACGCCACUAUGGUCGGUGAGCGCGGUAUGAUGAUUUCGGGUGGUGAGAAGCAACGUCUUGCCAUUGCCCGUCUGCUAUUGAAGGACCCGCCAUUCCUAUUCUUUGACGAAGCAACCUCAGCUCUGGACACGCAUACAGAGCAAGCACUCCUUGGAAACAUUAACAGCAUUCUCAAGGAAAAGGCACGAACAAGUAUCUUCGUUGCCCACAGACUUCGCACUAUCUACGACUCGGAUGUUAUCAUCGUCCUGAAGGAUGGUGUUGUAGCCGAGCAAGGCACACACGAGCGUCUUGUUGAUAGCGGAGGGGUGUACUCUGAGCUAUGGAGUGCACAGGAGAUGCUUUUCAUCGACGAAGAACAGGAGAAGUCUGAAGAGAAGAAGAGGCAAGAUAGGAAGAAGGUGCAAGCCUCUUGA